AUCCCAGCAAAAGCCCUGCCGUUUCCUCACGCCCGCCCGGCCGCCCCCCUCGCCGGCCGCCGCCGCCGCUGCCUCCUCCUAUGCCCUUCCGCCCCACGCUCCCGCGACGCUGCCCCCGCGAACGCAAGCUCACCUCCUUCCUGGCCGCCGUCGCCUCCCUCUCCGAUCCCCUCAAGCCGUCGCCCUCGCCUCCCGCCGGCGCAGUGCCUGCAGCUCCCACCCCCGCUGCUUACAACGCCCUCAUGUCCGCCUACUCCCGCGCCGGCCGCCCCGACGAGGUCCUCCGCCUCUUCCGCUCCCUCCCCUUCCAGCCCACCGCCCCGCUCUUCACUACCCUCAUCUCCUCCCUCGCGGACUCCGGCCGCCACCGCGCCGCGCGCGCCGCCUUUUCCUCCCUUCUCGUCUCCGGCCUCCCGCCCACGACCUCCGUCCUCACCGCGCUGCUCAAGGCCCACCGCACAGCCUCGGUCGAAUCCGUGUACCACUUCUUCUCGGACUUCUUGGCCGCUAUGGCCGCCGCGGGUUGCACCGCCGACGCCGCUGUCUACAACUGCCUCAUUUCGGCGCUCUGCGACUUCCGGCGGGUCGAUGAGGCCUGCGGCGUCCUUGACCUCAUGCUAGACAACCACAUCUGGCCCACUAUUCGCUCCUACACCACGAUCCUGCGCGGGUACUGUGAGCAAGGCAGGAUUCUCGAGGCAGAGAGGUUAGUCGAUACUAUGAUCGAAGUAGGGUGUCCGCCGGAUGUCAUCACAUACAGCGUGCUCAUAGAGGGGCUUUGUAGUGUAGGGGAAUUCGGCAAGGUGGAAAGGGUUUUAGAAGAGAGUCAGGAGAUGGGGUGGACGCCAAAUUCUGUCACAUAUACUAUUUACAUGUCUGCCCUUUGCAGAAUGGGAUUCUUGGAUGAGGCAUUCCGGCAAGUAGAUAUUAUGCGGAGCAGAGGAGUGUCCAUGACGCUUGAGACAGUUAAUAUUCUCUUUGAUUGCUUGUGCCGAGACGCGAGGUUUUCUGAAGCAGUGUGCUUGCUGGAAUACAGCGGAGAGCUGGGCUGGGAGGUUGAUGUGUUCUGCUAUAACACACUGAUGAGUAGGCUCUGUGAGGUUGGUGAUUUUGCUAGGGUCUUGAAGCUAUUGGUUGAUCUUAUAAAGAAGGGCAUUGGGCCAGAUAUGUUCAGUUUUACUAUUGCAAUCCGGAGCCUCUGUGGGGCUGGGAAGUUUCAGGUGGCAAAGUACCUACUGGAUAAUGAGGCAAUGUCAUAUGAUGUUGUGGCAUUCAAUACCUUAAUUCAUGGAUUAUGCAUGGUUGGGGAUUUACAUGGAGUGAUAGAAAUUUAUAUGGACAUGACCAGUAGGAAUGUUAUUCCAAAUAACUUCACCAUUGCUAUGGUAAUCGACAGUUUAUGCAAACAGAAAAAAUUUCUUACAGCAAUCAAUUUUCUUCUUGAACCAUCGGUAGAAUAUUUGGUUCCUGGUCAUGAAUCUUUGGGUAAAUGUUUGGUUCUUGGUCUUGACUCUUCGAGAAAAUGUUUGGUUCCAGAUCAUUUCAUUCGCCUGACUAAUUGGUUGGUAAAAGCAAAAGGAUUGGGAUAUGUACUGAUCCUUCUCCGUAAGAUACGUUCUGAAGGUCUUGCACUAGAUGUUUUCUUAUUUAAUUCACUGGUUAGGAUAUUUUGCUGGGAAGGGUACUGUAAGCAUGAGAAUUUCUAUGAGGUUUCUUUUAUACUUGACAGUAUGCUGGAAUGCCUCUCCAGCCAGCAAACAACAUAAGUCAGCCAGUGAUGCAACUAGUGCAAAAUCUAGUUUGCUGUCUCAUCCUCCCUAUGCUAUUCAACUAGCUGUCCACUGAUAGAUUGAACUACAAGGCAAGGAGCUGAGUUGCGGCUAGCAAACCACUUUAUGGGGCACGCAGAUUCAAGUAGUCGGAACAAGAUUAUUAAGUUGACAUAAAGGUUGAUACAAUGGUCAAAUUGUUGAAUACUGUUGGUAUAAAACACAACCACAUAAUAAAGGUCUAUGGAUACUUAUGGAACAUGGGAGUGAUGGAUUCUGUAUUGUCAGAGGUUUUCAAGGAUCUUUACUCGUUGGGAUACGGUCUAACUGGAUAGAUGUGCUACAUCAUCUUCUGUAUGUGCUUCUCAACCUUUUCCAUUUUCCUCAUCUCUAUGAUUUGUUAGGCUUAUCAUUCUUGUUGUUUUGGGUCCAGCGGUUACAUUAGAGGAAGAAAUUAGUGAUCUUAAGGAGCAAGGUUAUUGACUACCAGCUUGUUGAGAGGAAACUGUUAUUAGUGGUAGGUGAUUGAUCAGUGGGUUCGUAUAUUGAAAUCUACCAUCUUUGUAGUUCUCUUACACUCCGAAUUUAGGGCUGCAAAAUCUUAUUGUCACCAUUCAGGUUUCAAGUCACUGGUUGUGCAACUGUGUAGAUUCUUGAAAAUUUUCCAAUAGUUAUACUUCAGAAAUAGGUUCUCAACGACUACUACAACGAAUGUGUCAUGAUCUUGUAGUAAUUCUUGACCCUGUUUCAAUUUUUAGGACCUGGCAAAUCACCUCGUUUUGAUGGUGCUGCAUUCAUGCUUUCCGAAUUCAGAGGUGGUCCGUAACCAAAUAGUUUUCAUGUAUAUACUAGCUACUUGUUUACUACCACUUGGAUCAGGCCUGUUGUAUCAAUCGUUUGGUAGGUUUGAUGGACUGAGCCAGCAAGUAUAAAUUGCUGUAAUAUGAAGCUCACGAGAUUGACACUGUAACUUAUACUGAUGGAUGCAUAAGUUGUAACAAGUACUGAUGGAUGCUGUAUAUUUGGAGUUAUACAUGAAUAAAAAAUUAGCAUAACUACAGCAACGCAUAGGUUGAUCUGCUUGUCUGGGUCUGCCUUAUUGUAACCUUCACUCGAAGUCGAACCUAGGAAAGGAUAAUAAUGUUUGGGGUCAUCA